GCACAGGGGCGGGCGUUUCCUCAUUAAGCUCGUCCCUUAAGAUGAGCGCUUUGGCUCGCGGUUGGUGAACGGAUGGUUGUGCGGGACGGCUCAUCUCACUCCUAAACAAUUUUCUGCAGGGCUAGAAAUCAACCUGGGGUAAAUCUGACGUUAACGAGCAAGUGGGGCGAUUGUCUCUAAGGUAGCUGCUCCAUUUAACGCAAGUUCUUCCUGGGCCUCCAGAGAUGGUUGACGGCUUCCUUUGGCUCCACGUCUCUGCUAGCCGUCUAGUUUUUACCAUUGCGGCCGCGCCCCGUUCCCCACCCCCAUGCCAUUAUGUACGAUCGGGCUCCUCGCUUGCUUAGAUUGGCUGAAGGUGGCAGCACUGAGGAUCAUGUGGGUCCUGGAUCCUACCAGGUACCUUUCCUGAAGCAGCAGGCAACAGGUGGAUACGCACCAUUCCUUUCUUUGGCUGCCAGAGAAAGUACUUUGACUGUUGCCUCUAACACUGAGAAAGCCGUUCCAGGUCCCGGACACUAUAAUGUUUCAGAAGUACAGUAUAAUAUAAAAGGAGGCCAGAGUCUGCAAAACCGGGAAGAACGUUUUAAGAAGUUUAUUUCAGAUGGUCCAGGACCAGGAAGCUAUGCUCAGUCUUACCCUGGAACAUUACAUGUCACGAACAGGAAAAUACUAGCGGCUCAAGAGCAUCCUCAGUCAAAAAUUUCAAGGGCACUUACAGUUUCCAGAAGUGUUUAUGUUCCUUCAAUUCCUUCUUGUGGACAGUCAUAUGGUUAUCAUAUUAAUGAGGAUGACAGUAUCAUAAAACACUUUCCACCAGCUAGUGAUGGCACACUGGGUCCAGCAUACUAUAAACCUCAAUUUGAUUUUUCAAAUGUAACUUUGAAAUACAAGGGGAUACAUUUUGGCAACUCUUUGGGAAGACUAGAGUUACCUAUAAAGUUAGGGCCUGGUCCUGGACAGUAUGAUAUAAUCCAGAAAAAGACAACACAUUAUGAAAACAUUAACAUCAAGAAAGAUCAACAGCCAAAUUAUUACUCAAAUCUCCCACGAUUUUAUGAAGUAAUAAUAUUGCAGGAGGAAAAAAAGGGAGUACCAGGUCCUGGAAAAUAUGACAUUAAAAGUCAAUUUCAGAAGACUGAAAGUGUGACAUCAAAUCUAAAUGAUACAUCACCUGCUUUUCUUUCUCAAUCCCAGAGGUUUGUACCUGUGAAAUCAAUCACCCCAGCUCCUGGCACAUAUACUGAAUCUCGAACUGCUUUCAAGCCCUUGAAGAAAACAAUAGGACUGAAAAAUACUCCAUUUGGUCAAAGUGCUGCUCGAUUCACACAAGACUCUAAGACAGAGAAAACGCCAGGUCCUGGGUUUUAUAACAUCCUAAACAAUACUUUAAUUGACAACUUGAGAAAUACUUGCUUGAAGAAACAAAAGAAAAGUGCAUUUGGUUCUUCCGUUCCUCGGACUCUCUUCCUAGUUCAGAAAAAAAUGUUUACUACUCCUGGGCCUGCUGAUUAUAAGGUCGGUGGGAUUUCUCAUGAACUACCUAACUUGACUAACCGCUACGCUGCUUUCUUGUCAAGAACAGAAAGAACUACUAAACUCUCAGACACGGGUGUUCCAGCUCCAGGAGCCUAUGAUGUACAAAAAUCAUAUGCGAUGUCCCAAGUUCAACAUAAAUACAUGCCACCUCGCAGCUUUGUAGCUAAGAUAAAACACGCCUCUUUUCUUAGCACAACUCCUCGGUGCCUGGACAAAAUGAUUGAUGGACCUGGGCCUGCAACGUAUAAUCCUGUUUUACAGAAACCUUGCUCCAUACCCAUAUUUAUUACAGCAUCACAGCGUUUUAAAGAUCCCAAAGAGAUUACUCCUGGUCCAGCGACAUAUGAGGUUUGUCAAUGA